AUGGUCACAAAACCGCAUACAAUUCAACAAUGUCUGCCAAAUCUUCACUCACUGGGAGAACUUCUACUGCCAUGUUUAUGUCGACAAAUAUUUACCUUGACAGUUAUAUUGAGUUUAUUAUGUAUGUUGGUCAGUUAUACAUUAGCAGGAAGUCAAGCGUAUGCCUCAUUAUUUCAUGUCAGGUGUUGGUCAGUAUUGGCUGUUGUUCCCCAACAUAGUGUUUGUUUACCGAAUGAGUUGAAUCAGACAAUAAAUUGGGAAUAUAAUUUAAUAAAUGAAACACAAGAACAACAUCAUUGUAUCUAUACACCCUCAUUAGAGAAAGCUGAAGAAAAUGGUGAAAUAUCAACUGUGCCAUUAAGUACAAUACUUGAUGAUUAUAAAUAUUUUUCAUGGAUAUCAUUGAUUGUUCAAUUAUUUAUUGUUAUAAGUAUAUCCGUAUCUUAUAUGACAAUGGGUUCAGCAUUGCAUCACACAAUUAAAGGCGUAGUUGACUCGUAUUGGAGUCCAACGAUCGAAGCAGAAACAGAUUUAAGAAAAUAUGGAAAUCUAUUUCAAUAUUUCACUGUGAGAAAAAUGACUCAAGUAUUUGUUUCAUUGGCUAUUUUUAUGAUUGUCUUUGUCAUUGCUCUUAGUAAUCCAAAAAGUUUUAAAAAAAUUCUUGAACAAGCUGGAUCGUUCUUUGGAAAUGUUGAAAUGGGUAUAUUUUUAAGUAUAAUGAUAUAUAAAGUGACAUCUCCAAAAUUUGGAUGUUAUACAAUUCCAUAUGAAUUACCAAAAUGGUUUUUACAUUUACAAUAUAUUAUUCCAUUUUAUUUUACCUUUGCUGUUGUCUAUGAUAUUUAUUAUAUGUUUCGUUAUUAUAUUUAUUGA